AAGUAAAAAUAAAAAUAAAUUUUAAAGAAAAAAUUGUCGAAAAAUUAUUUUAAUUUUCGAAAAAUAAAAAAACUUAAAAAAUAAAAAUAUAUAAAAGAAAGAAAGGAGAAACGAGAAAAAUUCGCCACUGAUAAAAGGAUAAGGAAUCCCUGCAACUUUUUAUCGGGAAUAUUUAAAAAAAAAAACGAGUCGAAUAUUAAAAUACAAACAUGUCCAUCAAAUCGGCGAUUCUGCUAUCGCUAGGCUCCUUGCUCCUGCUCACGGCGGUGACCUGUAUAGUUGUCGGAUUCGCCACGGAUUUCUGGCUCAAAUACGAUGUCCACCACAACAACAUAAUCAGUGACCUGAGGAGGCAACAUCCGGGAAUCCGCGGUCUCGACUCGGUUAACCGCACCAAAUUGUUAGUAGACCGGACGAGAGGGUUAUUCCAUUGGUGUUAUCCCGACAAAAGACCUUUUGACGUUUCUCUGGUCCGAAAAUACGUGGAUAGCUAUUGCGAGAAAAUUUCUUAUCGAAUUUUCAACUCCUUUUCCGAAGCCCAAAAAAGAAGAAUUCAUUUGAUGCGGACACAAAUAGCCUUUUUCAUUAUAGCGUUCUUAUUCUUUUUAUUGGCGUUCAUAGUGGGAAUAGUUGGCUGUUGGAAACGUAACGCGUUGCAAAUAUUGGCUACUGGAUUAUUGAUUCUUUUUGCGACUCUCUUUGCCGCUGCCGCAACAGCAAUCUUUCAUGGAAUCAAACAUAUAGAGAGUAACGUGUUAAGAGAUGUACCAGAGAGUUUGACCACUUUUAAUGUUCCAGAAGUUAUACGUAGUAACACGAAAAUGAGAUUUUGGUGGUCUUACAUGCUGUGUUGGAUAGGGGUAGGUUUGGCCCUUCUCUCCGCCCUUAUUUUCUUCCUGACUUCUUGCUUUCUUCACCGAGAUCAAAAGACAAAUCGAAGAUACAUGCACAACUACAACACGAACAAAGUGGUAGCAGGGGGAUCGAUUAUAGCGGGCUCCGUUGGGCCUAAAGAUCGUUACUUGGUGCCCGUUUAUUACGAUAACACUAACGCGGCGCCACCGCCUCCUGGGAUGAGGCAAGGGGGCUACGAUUCGGGCCGAGGGGGAAACACGGUUUAUUACGAUAACGGUUAUUAUAGGUCCCCACCUUCGGCCCAAGGUGGCGGUGGACCGGGCGGAGAAUAUUACCGAGCCGGCGAUCGCGUAGUAGGCGGAGGAAACCCGAACAUUUCUCAGGGUAAUAGCAAUACUGCCGGGUACGGAUACGGUUAUUACAAAUAAAAAAAUCGAUUUUGAAAAGGAACGCCAAGUUAAGAGCUUGAAAAAAAAGAGAACAAUUUUCCCUAAAAAAAAUAGGAAUAUAUAUUUAUUUGUUUAUUUUUAAUAAAUCGAAGAAUAUUGAAAAGAUGGAAAAUUUACUUAUUAAUUUUGAUUUUUU